CUAGUCUUUCCUCGUCAUCUCCAGGAUCUCAUCUCUGAAUUAAAAGAUUGAAAAAAAAGUGAAGCUUCAUCCAAUGAAUCCAGCUCCUAUCUCUUACUUUCUCCUGCAUAUAUCCAAGCUUUCUUUACUUGCACUACUCAUCUGCAUGCCAGCAACGCCUCGUAUCGACUAGCCGUACGUAGCAGCGAGCGCCGCAAUGAAUAACGCGUUCGACCAUGGCCAUGGUGGCCACGGCGGCGGAGGAAGAGCAGAGCAAGGCCAACAAGGCGCUGAUAGCACGCUACUGUGCUACUUCCAUCCAAGGGAGCUCCUGGUGGGCGUGUGCGCCCACUGCCUCCGAGAGCGCCUCCUCCUCCUGCUCGCCUCCAAGCAGGAGGGUGGUGGCCGCGCGCGAGUGCCGGCCGACGGCGCGAGCUACCUGUCGGCACGUCCCUACUCCAGGGCGGUCCGCCGCGUGAGGACCGGCAGCAUCGUCUCCGUCUUCGCGUUCGGCUCCUCCUUGAUCCACCGUCUCGACUCCUCCUCUCGCCACCACACCCACGAUGUCUUGCAAGGCGACGGCGGCGACAAGGUUAACCCGGACGCCGACGCCGACGCUGACGACGCCGCCUCCGUUGCGAGCCUCGACGAUUCUUUCAUAUCGAUCAAGUUCGAGGACAACGGCAAGGCGACGUGGAUGGACACCCAGAAUCAGAAGGCUCCGGCUGGCGGUGAAGCCGACGCCAAGAGCGCGGACAAGGCGCCGGCGGCAUCCUCGGCGACGACGGCGGUGGUAGAGCACGCAAGGCGGGGCGGCGUGGGCGUGACGAGGUGGCGGAAGCAGGUGGUGGGGCGGCUGCUGCAGCUGACACGGUGGAAGAGAGCGUCGACCGGCGGCAAGCAGGCGUCGUCCUCGGCUGCGACGGCGUGCUACGUGGCGGACCAGCAGCGAUCAAAAGGGCGGGGCAGCCGGAGCUGGAUCCGGAGCCUCACGCGGCGGCGCGCCGCCCACGGCGAGAAGGCGUGGUCGUGAGCCUCCCCUCCGAUCAGACCUAGCUUGAUCCACCUACCUACACAAGGCACGUGCCCCUGUUUGUGCAUACGUCCCCAGAGGCCAGAUCCAUGCAUCAUCCACACAGCAAUCAUACAUUACUCCUAUAGAGCAAAAAGAAAAGUGAAAGAAUGCAGCUUCCUGAAGAUCUUGUUUCUUGUGGUGUCCGUUCCCAAGAUCUCGCUCGUGAGUUUUCUGACAAAAUAACAAAACUUGAUUUGUA